AUAUAUCCAUGCUGGUCACUUUUUGAUUGCACUUAGAACGAGAAAUGCAUUCAGAGAGGAAGCUGUCUGAUAGAACAUUUGACAAUGUUACACCCUAUUUUUUUCCAAGUCUUUCUGACUUGUUUUUGUGUUGUGAGAAACUGUAAUGAACUGAUUGUUCAUCAGUUGUUCCUUUUGUCAAACUUAUUACAUUUAAAUUUACUUUCUUUAAUCUAGCAUAAACAACAGAUUCGGAUAGGUCAGGGAUCAGGGGUGUCCUUAGGGGUGGAGCAGGAGGGGGUGUUGCCCAGGGGUGCAAAUAGGACCUCAACUGCUGAACGUUGGGGGCGGUACGAGUUGGAAAGAAAGAGGUCCCACCCAUGGAGGUAUUACAUAAUAUAUAAGGUCGCACAACCACCACCACACUUAUACACAAGGGAAGACCUAAUAGAAGCUCAUCACAUAGCAGACCGUGAGCUCACCAUGGCAAAAAGACCUUUUGAAGUAGACCAAAGGACUGAGAAGGAGCUGAGUGAAGAGCAGUCAGCUGACCUGUACUCCAGUGAAGAUGACCUCUACUCCGAGAACUGGAGCAAUGAGAACGACUGGUCUGACUCCGACGACUGGAGUGACAAAGAAGACAAGAUGUCCAGUGACCUGACCACGAGCGAAGAAGAAGAUGACGGAAAGGGUCCUCAGUGCCCACUGCGCCAAGAGGUGAAGCGCAAAGUUAAAGAGCGUCGCCGUGCCAUACGAUCAAAGAACAGAAAACGGCGGAGAUUGGAGAACGGCAUCAUGAGCACAGCGUCCGAAUCACACAAGGACUUCGUGUGGCAAACCCUGGAGUCGACACAGCGUGACCUACAGCUAGAGGAAAGAAGGCAGGCAAAGAUGAUGACCCAACAAGCAGAGUUCUACUCACAGUGGAUACAGCAGAAGCGUCAGCUGGCGGACACCUCGCGGACAGUCCUUGGGGCGAUAGCCGACCUUGUUCAGGUGGUCCGGCUGAAGAGAGGACAAGAGGCGCAGGGCCUACAGGAGAGUACUUUGGAGAGGAUCCGUGAGACAUACUGUACAGAGGUGGAGAGGCAGUGGAGGCUGAAGGAAGAGGAAAUGAAGAAGCUCAUGGCAGCUGAAGAGGUGGCGAGGAUGAAAAUCAUCAGAGGGUGUGAGAAGAAAUAAAAUGGAAGCACAGAUAAAAGUUAUGCGAGAAGAGAUACUCAGAAAAGUUGAGUGUGGGCUGAUCACUGCGUCGUGUCCUCCGAAACCUCAGUCAAACUCAACUUUAGUCAAGCUCAACUUCAGUCAAACCAUGAACCUGUGCACUGCUGUAUAUUUGGUUUGCUGAUGUUUGCAACUUUGUAUAGUCUUUUUUGGUUUGGUGUUUGCACUUGGUGUGUUUACCUGUACAUAUUUUUG